AUGUAAUUAGAGAAACUAAAUCGAAAGCUUUACAUCUUGCCAAAGGUUGAGAGCUGUGUGAAAUUAGAUCUAGAUUUCAGAUUGAACACUCCUAUGCACAGCAUGGCUAACAAACAUUAUUAAGGAUGCUACCCUAAAACGACUAGAUCAGUUAAGUCAGAUGAAUUAAUGAAUACUCCUACUAUGACAACCAUCACAAUUUCUUCAGGAAAAAGGAUCAAAUUAUAUGCUCCCAUGCAGGAAAGCAAAAGAGCACAACGUUUAAAGAAUGUCCCUUAUGAAUUGCAAUAUUUCUAAACCAAGUUACCUACAAAGAACUUUAAAUCUAGUCAUUUGAUGAGUGAAGAUUUGCUGAAUCAGCCUGGUGAGUAGAUUGAUAAUCAAUAGAAAUGGCAAAUGCGAUCUCACAUUAAUAAAAUGAAUAAGGCUACUACAUCUUACUAAAUCAAAAGGGGAGAGAAGAAUGUUGUGAAAUAAACUCAAUCCACAUUCGAUUUAUCGUUCAUUAAACAAUAAAAUGAGGAGACAGUUGAAAAUGAAAAAUUAAAAGUAUGGUUUUAAUCUAUAUUUUUUAGAGAUAUCAUUCAUACAAAAGAGCAACGUAAAACCUAAUCCGAUAGUUUUCAAAUAUAAACAACGUAAAAUAGUUAUGUUGUGAUCUCCAGGAUAAACAAGAAUGA